CGGCGCUGGGAGCGCGACAUGGUGGGCGCCGGUGUGCGCGGGGCGCCGCUGCUGCCGCCCGGGCUGCUGUUGCUGCUGCCGCCGCUGCUGCUGCUGCUGCGGGGCGCGGCGGGCGGCAUCGCCGACAGCGUCGUCUGGGCCGUCAACGCGGGCGGCGAUGCCCACGUGGACGUGAACGGCAUCCACUUCCGCAAGGACCCGCUCGAGGGCCGCGUGGGCCGAGCUUCUGACUAUGGGAUGAAGCUGCCAAUCCUGCGGUCCAACGCAGAAGACCAGAUUCUGUACCAGACCGAGCGCUACAACGAGGAAACCUUUGGCUAUGAAGUUCCCAUCAAAGAGGAGGGUGACUAUGUGCUGGUGCUGAAGUUUGCAGAGGUCUACUUUGCACAGUCUCAACAGAAGGUAUUUGAUGUUCGCUUGAAUGGCCACGUGGUGGUGAAAGACUUGGACAUUUUUGACAGAGUUGGACACAGCACAGCUCACGAUGAGAUCAUUCCCAUGAGUAUCAAAAAGGGGAAACUGAGUGUCCAGGGGGAGGUUUCCACGUUCACAGGGAAGCUCCACAUUGAGUUUGUAAAGGGCUACUAUGACAAUCCAAAAAUCUGUGCCCUAUACAUCCUGCAAGGAACAGUGGAAGAUGUCCCAAAGCUGCAGCCGCACCCCGGUCUGGAGAAAAAAGAGGAGGAUGAUGACGAAGAUGAGUAUGACGAUGGCUCCAGUGUCAAAAAACAGGCAAAUAAGAACCGGGUUCAGUCAGGCCCACGCACACCAAACCCCUAUGCCUCGGACAACAGCAGCCUCAUGUUUCCUAUACUGGUGGCCUUUGGUGUCUUCAUUCCUACCCUCUUCUGCCUCUGCCGGUUGUGAGAGCAGGCCCCACAGUGCAUCAGCCCAGGGGCUGGGAGGGAAGGAGUUGGACCAAACACGGUUGCUUUCAAUUUCUCCAUAUUGUUCAUAAUUUAAGGAAAAAAAAAAAGAAAAAAAAGGUGAUUCAUUUGGAAUGAAUAG